UCCCCGUUGCUCAGUUGCUGUGGAGCGCGUUACCAGGGAGACGGAGGAGGCCGCAGCUACCGCCGGAGGAGCAGCAGCAACAGCGGCGGCCGGACACUGAUGGUGGCGGAUCUUUGAAAGAAUGGAUUAAGAAAGUAUCAAGGUGGUUUGCACCCCACGUGGAAGAUGUCUACCUCCCAAUGAAUCCAGCAACAGUGGAACAAGGAACAUGGCGAAGUGAGGGAACGAGUGUUGUGGAGGGAAGAGCUUGGUUGCUUUCUCACAGCACGUGGCAAAGUGUAGAAAGGUUACCAUGGUAACUGUCAUCACAGAGCAGCUACAGAAACAAAGUUUGGAUGACCUGACUUGUAAAGCCUUUAAUAUUAAUUUGCCCCUGCCUGACAGUACAAACAAAGGUAGUUGCUGGAAUCCAUACCGGUUCAUACCAGAGGAAAGGAAGUGGAAUGUAUUUGACACUUCACAUGCUGAAUUGCCAAUGAAUAUGGGGUUCCCUUCGCUCACAAGCUACAACCUAAAUAGCAUCAACUCCUCCAGUCCGAACAAAUCCUUGUGGACAGGACCAGCAACGAGUACGUGGAUGGGUCACAUGACAAGCACCUCAGUGGGGAAUUUAAGUGACUUGCAAUUCUCUGAAAGUUUUGCCCCUCUCCCAGAUCCACCAACCAAAAGGCACUGUCGCUCACUGUCUGUGCCAGAAGACCUGUCACGCUGCAGGUCUCUGUGGAAGCCAGUGGGCUCCAAGGUGUGGACUCCUGUCAAACGGCGUUGUAACAGUGGUGGAAAUGCAGGCCCACAGCUCAGUAACCCAACUCAGCGCCCCACCAGCCUUGGUCUCCAGCAGCUGCCCAACUCUGGCCACUACUCAACCACCAGCAGUUUCACUUUUUCCAGCCUCACAACAUCUCCUGAAUCCCCAUUGCCAUGGAUGCUGUCGCCAAGCAACCUCAGCACAGAUAUUGGCGACAGAACUUUUUUGGGCGUGCAGUGCAUUUUGCCUGAGCAUUGCACGUUCAUUCCACAGAGGCGCUUCUCACUCUCCCCCGUGCACAUUCAGGAGGCAGCAAGAUGUCUGCUCUCAGCCAAAAGUACACCUUCCUCUACUCCAGAGAUGAACCGACGGCAGCAGGGCCUGUUGCGGAGUCACUCCCAGCCCUGUGACUUAAACGAACGCAAGUGUGGCGUAAAACGAAGGCACGAUGAUGAUGUCCGAUGGACAAGGCCCACCUUAGACUUCUUCAAAAUGAACCAGAGGAGAAACCUGAGCAGUCCUGCAUGCCUUGAACCGAAGGGGAGAGAGCCCCUGAAGGACCAGUCUCCUGCCCCCAUCCCGGACACCGCAGGCUUCAAACUGGACUCCGUUUGUCCAACAACAAACAGCCAGAUUGAAACAUUGAGUGAAAGUGACGAAGAGGAAGAUCCCAAGAGUGACUGUGAUAGCACAGAAGCCAUCCUGUUCCAACGUUCCUGCGAGGAUCUGGAUUUGGAAAUGAUUGAGGAAAACUGAACUCUCUCAAUUAAGAAAAAUAUCAGGACUUUUUUAAAAAAUCCCAUCAGAACACGCCUUAAAAUGCAUCUCGUGCACAACGUACAAGAGACGCAUGAACUGUUCUCCCCACCAAAUUUUGUCUUUACACUACUUUCCUAGUUGCACAGGUUUUUUUUGUGGUGAUCAUGUUGACUACAAUCUAUGAGCCUAAGGUAGUGGGGUGAAGAGAUGAAGUUGCUCCCCCUCUUUCCCCUCCUGCUCAUGAAAUGAUGAACUGUUUCACCUUCACUACAGUCCAUCAUUUGCUGAGGCCCAUGUGCAUAUUGUGCAUCAGCAGUAACCACCACCCCGGCAUCUUCCAGGGACCAGUUGAGGGUGAGAACCAAGUGGUGCCUUUGGACAUUAAUGAAAGGGAGAACUGACGAGCAGAAACAGAGGGGCCUUGACUCUGCAAUCUUGCAGUAUUCAGGGGCCCCUUGUUUUCAAUUUCACAUUAUUUACAUAAUGCCAUGAUUAAUAGGAUGGUUGGCUUCUCUCUUUCCCCUCUGUACCCCUCCCUUCCUGUCUCUGGGAUGGGGGUGGGGUGGGAGGGUCGUGGUGGUGGAGGGGAGUGGAAAAAAGCAAAAAAAAAGUUGAGCACUGUACCUGAGCCAUUUGAUGACUUCUGAAAGGUUGAGUGCUCUCUCUCUCUGUCUGUCUGUCUCUCUCUCUUUCUCUCUGUCUCUCUCUCUCUCUGUCUCUCUGUCGUGCUCUCUGUCGCGCUCCACCCCAGCCAACUUGCCCAUCCCUUCUCCCCUCGUUUGGGAAUGAAGCUGCUGCACAGGAUAGUUUUAUAUUUUGUGUGCCUAGCUGACAAAGCCAGUAGAGGUGAAGCAAUUGCCCAUGUACCUGCCGCCUGGAUCUCAGCUCAAUAAAGGGUGGAACUGUUAGUGGAGGGGGUUGGGGUGGGUCAGCCGAGGAGAGACCAGGAGGAGCAAACCAGACUAGUACAGCCAAUUGAGUUCACCGAUGAUCUGGUGGGUUCAUAGUGAUUGUGUGAGACAAUGUCUUGUUUUGUUACCUUGUGUAGACUGUAUUUGAAGAGGCUAUAUUUUUGUUGUAUUCUAGGCCUUGCACCAAAUUUCUGAACCAAGAUCAAAGAUUCGCAACUUUCUGUCGAUUUUCCUUGGUCCUCUUGAAGGGUUCUUAGCAUUUCUAAUAAAUUUAAUCAAAGAUUGUGAUAAUAUAACGACCACCCUCUCUUUAUUCAUUGCCUUAUAAAUAAAAACAGAAACUUUUUUUGAAUA